AUGUCCUAUGAGAAGUUAUAUCCUGCUUUGAUACAAAAGAAUUUGGUACAGACUAGGACUCCAACAGCUAUUCCAAAGGAACUUCCAUGGUGGUAUAAAUCUCAUCAUCAUUGUGCAUUCCAUCAAGGUUCACCCGGUCAUGACAUUGAAAAUUGUCUUACUUUGAAAGCUGGGGUGAAAAGACUAGUGCAAAACGGUAUUUUGUCUUUUGAAGACUCUGGUCCUAAUGUGCAAGCCAAUUUGUUGCCUAAACAUGGUGGUGCAACUGUGAAUAUGGUUGAGGGAUGUCCUGGAAAAGAUAGGGAUGAAGAUGAGCAUGAUGUGAAUGUCAUAGUUCCCCAUUUCAAUAUCCCCGAACCAGUUGUGAUUGCCUACAAUAGUCAAAAGUUUGUUGUUUCUCCUUUGGUUAUUCGUCUGGCGGGUUCUACACCCUAUGAAUCUGACAGAGUUGUUCCUUACAAAUACAAUGCUAUAAUGUUGGAAGAUGGAAAGGAAGUCCCCAUAAUUUUCCUUUCUUAUGUUGUGAAUGUUGUUGAUGUAAGCGGUGUAACCCGAAGUGGUCGAGUAUUUGCUUUUGUGCCCCCUAAAAGAAUUGAAGAUACUUCGGUGGGUAAGCAAGCUCAGGUGGAAACUCCUGUUGUGCAGUCUGGCCAGUCCAAUGGUGUGAACCAGAAAUAUGAUCAUGAUGAAAGGCUUUGUAGAAAGUCUUGGAGCAACUAUGUAGAUUAUGAUGUAACAAUUGGUCAAUUCGAUGAUAUUGGGGCCAAGAUUACUGCGUGUAACAACCUAAGCUUUAGUGAUGAAGAAUUUUCUGAGCAAGGGAGGAACCAUAAUUUGGCUUCACACAUUUUGAUGAAUUACCAAGAAGAUGCUUUGUCCAAUGUGCUGGUUGACACUGGUUGUUCUCUAAAUGUUAUGCCAAAGUCUAAUAUGUCCAACCUCUCUUAUCAAGGUGCUCCGAUGAGGUUUAGUGGGGUUGUUGUGAAAGCCUUUGAUGGCUCGAGGAAAACUAUGAUUGGAGAAGUUGAUCUCCUAUUAAAGAUGGGUCUGUGCUCAUUUCAUAUUACGUUUCAAGUGAUGGACAUUCAUCCCGCCUAUAGUUGUCUCCUCGGUCGUCCAUGGAUUCAUGAAGUUGGGGCAGUGACGUAA